UUGGAUUUUAAUAAAUAACCCUCUUAUUUGUGGUGUCAGUAAAAUGUAAGAUCUACAGAAAUGUCAAUUCAGUGACAUUUGGGAAAACUUCACAUUCUAAAAAUGAAAUGCUAUAAAAUACAGAAGUUGUGAAAACUGGGGAAAAUAUGUGGAGGGUGUAAAUGCUUUUCUUUAAAAAUAUCACUUUUGCUUAAAUGGUCAGGUUUCUGGUAGGGUUGUGGAGGGAGUGCUGCAAAGUGCACAAUCUCUACUUGACUGCUGUAUGUUAUUGUGUAACCUGCUGGUGGAUGAGUAAACCCAGGCAAGCACAAUACAAGCUACAAGUUGCAGUAGUAACUCCCAGCCUUGCCCUGCAGCACCAAGGUGAUGAAGAGUCAACAAACAGCCAGUCACAACAGCACACUUGCUCUAUUCUAAGAAGCAUUUCCAUAUACAUGACUACAGAGAGUAUAUAGUAAACGUGUAGUGUGGGGAAGCAAGCCUGUACAGAAUCAGAGCUAUGGGUCAGAGAGAAGAGAACAAUUACCUACAGCAUGAAGGGCAUUACAGCAUAUCUGAGCUCAGAAUGCUGGCAACUGCACUUGGUUUUCCAUAUGGUUCUCUGGAUAGCUGUGUCCCACCUGAAUUCCUGCAUAAAGAGAGAAUAAGCUCCCAGGCUCUGCGACAGCUAUUAGAUAAGGGAUAUUUCACAACUAUAUUGCAUUUCUCUUACAACAUGAAGAGUGGUUUAUGUAAUGCCAAAGUAAUCACCAAAUGCCUUGAUCUGCUGGAAAGAAGAGUUUUCAGCUUUGCUGACAUCCAAGAGGCGAAAGUGGCCUUCACUGCAUAUGAAAAUGUUGAUCAGAGAGGGGUAAGAGCAGAGCCACACACACUGCUGAAAGCUAUAAAGAUGUGCGGCUUUGUCAUGUCUCCACAGAAGUUAUCAGAUUACUUGAAGAAAAAACGAUUGAAUUUUGUGGAAAAAGGAAGACUUCAGUUGUAUGAGUUCCUGGAUUUGCUUACUCUCUGUGAACCAAGGAGUUUAUUUUCGAUAAAAGAAGAAAGAGUAGGAAGCACUGACAAAACCAGAAGAGGCAUAUACAAGCUUGAUGAUAUGAGACCCUUCAUGGUGACCCCAGAUGAGAAAAUUGCUCGCCAUCUUGACCAGAGAUUUCAGAAGAUAGACAGUUGGCAGCUUCCUGAAGACACCAUGAGACUAUCAAAACUACAGUGUCUCAACCCAACUCAACUGACUGGAGCCCUUAAUGGAACAAGGCCACAACCUCUGCAGUGCAAGAGCAAAGCUUCACUGACGAAUUUAACUGAGGAAAGCUGGACACUUCUAACUCCUGUGCCUCAUGUAAAAUGUCACUGUUAUACACCCAAGAAAGUAGAGCCUAUACUGGAUGAAACUAACAAACAAGAAACACAAAAUGACAUAGAAGAUCUUUUAUACCACAUGGAGACUUUGGAUGAGAAAUCCAGGUGGGAAUUUAACUGGAAGCUGGAUUACUAUCUGCCUGGCUACAGAGAAUCAGUCUCCACCAAAAAAAAAUCUGAUGUGACAGAAGUUGUUAAAUGUAUCACAAAGAAAAGAAAUACAGCUGAUGUGUUUCGCAGGUUGUCAUCUCCCAGGAGAAGGUUGCCAUCCCCCUGCCAUGCUAUGUCUUGUGAUGCCUACAGACUGGGCAUUUCCAGUGGCACAGUUGGAAAAACACCUCAACAUUGCAGAUCACCUUCAAAGCGCACACAGAGCUGCUCAAACGAAAGAACAAUUGUUACAGACAAAUAGGAAUUCAAAUAUAAUGUAGAGCAAGUUUGCAUGUGUGAAAAUUAUUUAUUUACUGUAUGUUAUCCAGAGUUUGUCAUAUGAGAGGGCACAACCAGUUCCUACACCAUAUGCAUUCAUGUGCAUUUAAAGGAGAACUAAA